AUGAACUCUACCCAUCGCCACGGAAGGUACACUUCUCUGCACUUCUGGAACCACAGCAGCUACAGACUGCACGGCAAUGCCAGUGACUCCCUGGGGAAAGGCUACUCCGAGGGAGGGUGCUACGAGCAACUUUUCGUCUCUCCUGAGGUGUUCGUGACACUGGGUGUCAUCAGCUUGUUGGAGAAUGUCCUGGUGAUCGUGGCCAUCGCCAAGAACAAGAAUCUGCACUCCCCCAUGUACUUUUUCAUCUGCAGCCUGGCUGUGGCUGAUAUGUUGGUGAGCGUUUCGAAUGGAUCGGAAACAAUUGUCAUCACCCUGCUGAACAGUACAGACACAGACGCCCAGAGUUUCACCGUGAACAUUGACAAUGUCAUUGACUCCGUGAUCUGUAGCUCCUUGCUUGCGUCCAUUUGCAGCUUGCUGUCCAUCGCAGUAGACAGGUAUUUCACUAUCUUUUAUGCUCUCCAGUACCAUAACAUCAUGACGGUGAAGCGGGUUGGGAUCAUCCUCAGUUGUAUCUGGGCAGCUUGCACCGUGUCGGGAGUGCUGUUCAUCAUUUACUCGGACAGCAGUGUGGUCAUCAUUUGCCUCAUCAGCAUGUUCUUCACCAUGCUGGCUCUCAUGGCCUCCCUCUAUGUCCACAUGUUCCUCAUGGCCAGGCUUCACAUUAAGAGGAUCGCUGUCCUCCCGGGCACGGGCACCAUCCGCCAAGGUGCCAACAUGAAGGGGGCCAUUACCUUGACCAUACUGAUCGGGGUCUUUGUUGUCUGCUGGGCCCCAUUCUUCCUCCACUUGAUAUUCUACAUCUCUUGUCCCCAGAAUCCAUACUGUGUGUGCUUCAUGUCUCACUUUAACUUGUAUCUCAUCCUGAUCAUGUGUAAUUCCAUCAUUGACCCUCUGAUCUAUGCGCUCCGGAGUCAGGAGCUGAGGAAAACCUUCAAGGAGAUCAUCUGUUGCUAUCCUCUCGGCUCUGUGUGA